CGCCCUGGGCGCAGCCCCGCCGGCCGCCGGCAGGAGCAAGCGGAGCCAGCGCGGGGGCCACGUGCGGGCCGAGAGCGACGAGAUGCUCAUGAUGCUGACCUACUCCAUGGUGCCGGUUCGGGUGAUGGUGGAUUUAUGUAACAGCACAAAAGGGAUAUGCUUAACAGGCCCCCCUGGCCCUCCAGGGCCCCCUGGACUCGACGGAUUACCUGGCUACAAUGGAACUGAUGGAAUUCCAGGCCUCCCAGGGCCUAAGGGGGAGCCAGGAGUAAAUGGAAGAAGAGGAAAAAUAGGUUUACCAGGACCGAAAGGUGAUCAAGGAGAGAGAGGAGAAAAAGGAGACCCUGGUGAGCUGGGUUUACCUGGCAAAGAUGGGGUGCCAGGAGCAAAAGGCUCAAGAGGAGCAAAGGGUGAUAAAGGGGAUGCAAACAACAACGUGAUAUUGGAAGGUACCAAAGGUGAGCCAGGGGCCCCAGGGCCACCUGGCCCACCAGGGCCACCAGGUCCUCCAGGUCCUCCCGGUCCACCAGGGAAACGCAAAGCAAAAGCCCAGAUUCAAGAGAACAUGUACAGCAGCAAGUGCACAGGUGAAACUUGUGCUGUACCAAACGAUGAUACAUUGGUGGGAAAAGUGGAUGAGAAAGCCAGUGACCACCAUCCCAGAAAAGCUGAAUGUAUCAUCAAGUCAAUAGGAAGCCCCGUUCAGAUGGCUAAGAUACAGCAAACAUUUGGAACUUGGAUGCAGGAGCCUGCAAACACAAGUGAUGAAAGAAUUUGGCUCACAAUGCAUUUUUUGGGAAACUUUAUAAAAGAAUAUGAAAAUUCAAAUGCACUGCUGAAUGACAGCUACAAGAUGAUUAACCUCACGGGGAUCUUUUAUGGAUGUGGCCAUGCGAUAUAUAACCAGUGUCUGUACUACCAAAGAGGAGGAACCAAUCUCAUUGUGAAAUUUGAGCUUGAUACAGGAUUGUUCAAAACACUGAAAAUUGAAAAUGCUUUGCAUCAUGGUCGCAACUACCUCUUUUCUAACUCCAAGACCUAUUUCAAUAUAGCAGUGGAUGAAAAGGGUCUUUGGAUCAUCUAUGCCUCAAGAAUUGAUGAAAAUAUCAAUGUUGCACAUAUCGAUGAAGAGAAGUUCUCAGCCGUUCGGCAUGUCAACACUACGUACCCCAAGUCCAAAGCUGGCAAUGCGUUCAUAGCAUGUGGAGUGCUGUAUGUUACUGAUACUAAGGAUAUGAGAGUAACUUUUGCUUUUGAUUUGUUGAAAGAGAAGCAGAUUGAUGCAAGCUUUGAAUUACGAUCUUCACAAUCUGGUCUUGCUAUGCUUUCAUACAGUCUCAGAAACCAAGACUUGUAUACAUGGGAGAAUGGCUAUUUAAUGACAUACCCUGUGCAUUUUGACAGCUGAGUUAGUUAAAAAUGAUAUAUCAUGCAUAGUGAAAAAUGCUAUUUAAAGCUCUGCGCUAUAUACAUGGGUCUCUUUCCUUAGCAUACACAAAUCCCCUGUUGGUCAGUGGCAGUUUGUGCGUGCUUAAAAGGGAGAUUCAGACCUCUUGUUACUUAAAUUAUAUAGGCCAUUUUUGGCUUUAUAGAACAAGGGUUUUUAAUAUUAAAAGUGAUACACUAUGUGUUAGGACAAUUUUUUUUUGUGUUUUUUCCCUACCAUGCAGGUUAUAAUUACAUCUAAUAUACAGUGAUUAUUAAUAUACAUUAAUUAUACACUACUGUAUCCAGCAGUGCCUACUUUUAAGCCUAAAUUGCAGCUACUAGAGCUACAUCAUUUUCUAGUCAACAGUUAUAAUCAAGUAGAAAUGUCUAAAUAAUGAGCUCGUGCACACAUUUGUUUUUCUAUCAUUAAUACCAUGCAUUGACUCUAUGUAAAAGUUUUCUUUAAAAUGCCUGGACAUUAAUUUUUGUACUAAUGUACAUAUCACCAUGACCAAAGUUAUACUUUAUUUAAAAUGGUCCCAUAGUUAUAGGUCAAAAAUCAGCAAGAAAUUUUGAAAUUUGGCAAAUCUGGAUAACUAGUCAAUAACAGAGAUAAAUAGCCCAAGCACAAGUUAUGUAGAUGGUAACGUUACUAUACAUUGCUGAAAUGUGUGAAUCUAUGUGCAGGGGGAGGGAGAGUCUGCUUUAAUGGGAAAUGAACGUGGAAGUCAUUUUGGUUUCUUGUUUGGCCAUAAACCCAUCCUUCCCACUCACUGCAUGUAAAUUAUACUUCUUUGUGGAAGUGUCAUGUGUUUGCCUUAUUGCACCUUCAGUGAAUCUGGCCUCAAUUUAUGGCAUACUUCUAGUUAGAAAAAAGAAUAUAAUUUUGUAUUGCUACAAAUACAGUUGUGAAAAUGUUUUUGGAAUAGGAAUAAAUGUCCUGCUCA